AUGGUUAAAGUUUGGUAUAUGGAUAACGAUACCACAAGUGACCAACGCUUGGAACAUCACAGGAAUCCCCCAGAAUAUUUAUCUCUUGAUGAACUAGUUCAGAAGACCGGCGUAGAAUAUUACAGCCUAAAUGUGGAGUCAUACACCACAGACGGGGUUCUUGAACAAAUAAAAAAAGAACGAGGCUACACUUAUGAAGAUGAAAUCACCUGCUCGGAAAAGUGUCUAGCCAACUAUGAAGAAAAGCUUAAAUCCUUUUAUACAGAACAUCUGCAUACUGAUGAAGAAAUACGGCUAGUCAUUGAAGGCUCUGGUUACUUUGAUGUACGAGAUGGUGUAGACCAAUGGAUACGCAUAGCUGUGUUUCCAGGAGACCUCAUCAUAAUACCAAGUGGAAUCUACCAUCGAUUCACACUAGAUUCUAAUAAUUACAUUCGUGCCAAGCGCUUCUUUGUUGGUGAACCGGUGUGGCUCCCAUACAACCGCCCUGCUGAUGAUAUGUCCUGUCGUAAGGAGUAUGUCGACAAACUGCAAAAGGGAUUUGUAUCAGUUAAUUAA